UUUUGCUGUGCUUGCUUAUCUCUCAUUCCUUGUCUGAUUCCCCUUCUGCUACCACCCAUUGUUCCGUGAUACAUCCCAAUUAUACUCCUAUACUUCUUUAACUCUCCUCUGUGGCAACUGUAUACAAUCAACUUAUCUCUCAUAUCCUUCAAGACAUCCUGAACACAUAUUCUCAACCUACACUAGCCUAAACCCCGAAUACCGAUCCUCUAUCAUGGGUAGCAUCGCCUUGGAGGAAGCCCAAACCUCCUUCAAGACACCAUGGGUGCAAACCCCAUUGGUGGAGUCUGCCUCUCUUUCUCGUGCCGCGGGAUGUAGGAUAUUCCUGAAGCUGGAGAACGUCCAGCCCAGCGGUUCAUUCAAGUCCCGGGCCAUGGGCAAUCAGAUCCUGUCACACCUCAUCAAGCCAGAAAACGCCAACCGACCCGUCCACUUCUACGCCUCAUCAGGCGGAAAUGCCGGCCUUGCUGCCGUCUGCGCAGCCCGCAGCCUGGGAUAUCCCUGCACGGUGGUCGUGCCCCUAUCGACGAAGCCCCUGAUGGUGCAGAAGCUACGGCUGGCCGGCGCCGCGGACGUAAUCCAGCACGGAGACACGUUCCUAGCAGCCGGCGAGUACAUGCGGGAAGUGAUCAUGAAGAACAAGGACGACAACGAGAGCGAAGACGUGGCCAAGAUCGCUCUACACCCGUUCGAUAACGAGCCCAUCUGGGAAGGAAACAGCACUCUCAUUGACGAGCUGGCCACCCAGCUCCCUGCCCCCGCCGGUGAAGACGAGGAAGCCACCCACCGUGGCCGCCCACUCCCCGUGGACGCCAUCAUCUGCAGCGUGGGCGGCGGCGGCCUGCUGAACGGCUUGGUCAUGGGCAUCGAGCGACACCGUCAGCUCCAGAAGAUGAGCCUCAGUUAUGCUUCCAACCCCCUCUCCCACUCCCAGCCCAACCCUAUCAACCUCCUCGCCAUCGAAACCCUCGGCACCGAUUCCCUGGCUGCCGCUGUCGCGAAGAAGUCCCUCGUCUCCCUCCCCAAAAUCACCUCCCAGGCUACUUCUCUGGGCGCUAUCCGUGUCUCCGAACGCACUUUCCAAUAUGCUAUCGCCCCGCCGCAGGGUAUUGCGGUGCAUAGUGCUGUGCUUUCGGACGCGGAUGCAGCACGGGGUGUGCUGCGUCUUGCUGAUGAUCACCGGACGCUUGUUGAGCUUGCAUGCGGCGUCUGUGUUGAGGCUGCCGUCGGUGACGCGGCGAGAGCUCGGUCAUCGGCAUCCUCCGACGCUGCCCUCACAUCUGGAUUGAAGAAGCGGAAGAGGGAGGACGGCGACUACCCUUCCCAUCGGGAUGAAGGCUACGGGGAUGAUAGGUCCUCAGCGACUGAGAACGAGACGGAGUCGGACGCAGGCAGUGAAAUCCAGUCCAAGCUCAAGCAGCUUGUGCCUGGCUUGAACGCCGACAGCCGAGUGGUGAUCAUUGUGUGUGGUGGAAGUAAUAUUACGAUUGAUAUGGCGGCGGAGUAUAAAAAGCUGCUUAAUGAAGGCUGGGGAAACGAGUAAUGGGUUCUUAAUUUUUUUGUGCUUAUUGGCCGGCCAUUGCGUUCUUGUUAUGUUAAUGUUCUCUGUCAUGAUGGUGUUUAGAUUGGCGUUUUUUUAGAUUGACUAUGAUUUAAUGAUUUAGCGUUUCAAAAUCAGAUACACUUCUUCAGCAUGCACAUCAUUCCCAUAGUAGAAGUUGAUGGUAUUUACGCGGCGCCUCAUGCCGAAGUGGGGAUCUCUUGGCUCCAUGUUGC